GGGGACCAUCAACAGCUGGUAAAGGUUGUCAAUCGCCAAUUGUUUUUAUCAAAGAAGAUUUAACGCUGUGCUGCAUUUUAAAACAACCGCAAAUGUUUAGUUAGCAAUUGUCGGCAAUUUAAGGUACAAGGAGAACAUGUUGAAGGCACUUAAACCGGACACGUACGCCGGCAUUGCUAACGCCAAGUGCGGCGAGGUGUAUUUCCAGGAUUUGACCAGCUACCGGAUAGACUGCGUGUUCUGUGAAAUGAAAAGCUUUGUCUUUGGUGACUUUUUGCUCCACAUACAGAACGUACACUUUGAGAAUGGCUUGCUAAAGACAGAAGUGGUGCAACCGAAGCAGGAGCAAAGGGGAUCACAAUCGCCGCCGGUGUCAGUAGUGGCUCGAGUAAACCCUCUGGCUUGGUACGACGUGGAGGACAAUGGCAUUGAAAGUGGAGAAAUAGCAGGAGAUGCUGAAAGCGACAGCGAUGAUAACGAUGAUUAUGACUAUGGAGCUGAAAUCGACGGUAGGCAAGAUGACGGAGAUAUGGCUGGCAUACAAAGCAGCGCAAUUAUGAAAUGGGACAAUGCCAGAGCGGUAGCCACAGCAUCAUCCGGACCUACCACCCAAGCCGCAUCUGGACGUAGCACUCGCUCUUUAAACGUAUGUUACAAUGAGGAUUCGGAGAACGAUGUAGCGGCCCAUGGUGACUAUGAUGCGGAUAGUGACAGCAAAGGCCCGGCGGCCAGGAAAAAGCAAAAGCUUGCCUGUCCAGAUUGCGGCAAAGUUUACCAGAGCAAGAAAACUCUUCGCCGGCACAUGAUGGUGCAGCAUAAAUCCGUCGAUUCUGAAGCCGGCAACACCGAGGAUGACGCGGACUACAAGCCCCCCAAGGUUUCUGUUCCCAAGCUGUCAAUGGAGUACAAAUGCGAGCACUGCGAAAAAAUAUACCAUGGCAAAUACACGCUAAAGCAGCACGUGAAGCGCGAUCACGACAUAUCCAUGAACGAAACUUUCACCUGCACUGAAUGCAACGUAAAAUUGCCUCGCCAGCGAUUGCUUGAUGAGCAUGUCGUGGAGGCGCAUGGCGGAGCCCCAUGUCUGGUCUGUGGGCGUCGAUACAGAACCCGCCACGAACUCAAGCGUCAUCAGUUAAAACACAGCAGUGAACGCAAUGUCCCAUGCACGCAUCCUGGCUGUGGCAAGCGUUUUUUUAGUACCCGCCAUAUGCGUAAUCACAGCAAGGUUCACUCCGAGGAAAAGAACUUUGUAUGCGAGAGUUGCGGCUACAGUUGUCGCAACAAGGAGACCCUACGCGUCCACAUACGCAGCCAUACCGGAGAACGUCCGUUCGCCUGUAAAGUAUGUAGUAAGUCUUUUCCCUCGCACUCCGGAUUACGCGAGCACAUGGCCAUGCAUUCGACGGAGCGUCCGCAUAUAUGCAACGUUUGCGGUGCAACUUUCUCCCGCCAAAAAGGUCUCUACCACCAUAAGUUCCUGCACUCGGCGACCAAGCAGUUUGUCUGCAAGCUAUGCGGAAACGCCUAUGCCCAAGCAGCCGGUCUAGCCGGGCAUAUGCGCAAGCACCGCAAUGACGAGCUGAAUGGCUAGCGAAUAGUUAAGGUAGAUUAGGCUAGACGAGAAGGAUCUAGCAAGUGUUCAAAAAUUAAGUUCAAAGUUGCAUCUUCCAUCUAAUAAGAGUAGAUUUAUCUAAGAUAUUAGGCUAGUAUAGGGAUGG